GCAAUACAUCAUAAAUAAAACAUCGACGCGUAACACUUAUUAAAUAAAUACAACUAAAUAACAAUGACUCAAUCUGAGUAUUUUUAUGAAAACCUUGUCCUGAUGUGCACUCUUAUUCUAGGCCUAUUAAAUGCACUAUUUUCAAUAAUUAUUUACAAAUACAGCACCUUAAAUUUAAGUGACUCAAAACAGUGUACUGCAGCUUGUAUUUUUCUGGCAUGUUUUGCUUAAAGCUCGCCUAAGAUUGUGUUUUAAAAGCCCCAAAAAAUAUAGGUAGAGUUUUGGCAGAGACAGAUGUGCGCUGCAUUUUCGGGCCGGUAAGAGCACCACGUCCCGAGCGUGUUGUGCUGUCGUAAAACCCACGUGUCCUUCCUGGAGGGGGGAGCUGAUGUUGUACUUGAAACGGGGCUGGGGUAACAAACACGGCGAAGCGUCCAGUCUGCGCGAUUAUGGUGUAGCAGGCUGGGGAAAAAAUUGGAAAGCGCUGCGAGGGGCGAAUAUUGCUUACUUUUCCCGUAAACUGGCCGCGCUUGGAGAUGCUGAAACCCGGUGACCCGAGCGGAUCUGCUUUUCUAAAAGUGGACCCGUCGUACAUCCAGCACUGGCAGCAGCUUUUCCCCCAAAGCCAGCUGAAGAACGGGACCCUUGCGCAGCUCCAGCCGCCCGAGAGGACGCCUAUUUCAGUGGAAAGUCUCCGCCAGCGCCCCAGCCUCAUCUCUUCCGCCUCGGCGGCUUUGACGCCGUCCUCGACCUCUUCCACCACUUCGGUAUCGUCGCUCGCUGGUCUUACUCAGAUAUCCGUGCCGCAGAUAACACUUUUCGGACAGACGCUAUGCAGCGACAUCCCCUCAUCAGCGAACACCAACCCCCAGCCAAAAGACGUUUGUUUGCAGACCAGCAGUAAAAAUGACAGAGGAUCAAGGUUUAAAUUCACUUCCGAGGAGUUAGAUUACUACCUCUACGGACAGCAGAGGAUGGAGAUAAUUCCGCUGAACAACCACGCCGGCGACCCCAAUAAUCGCUGCGACAUGUGUGCGGACAACCGGAACGGAGAAUGCCCCAUGCAUGGCCCCCUGCACUCGCUGCGCCGGCUAGUGGGGACCAGCAGUGCGUCGGCCGUGGUGCCGCCCCCUGAGGUGCCCGAGUGGCUGCGCGACCUGCCCCGCGAGGUCUGCCUCUGCACCAGCACCGUGCCCGGCCUGGGUUACGGCAUCUGUGCUGCUCAGCGCAUCCCCCAGGGCACCUGGAUCGGGCCCUUCCAGGGGGUGCCGCUGCUUCUGGACAAGGUGCAGGCAGGAAUCACCCGGAACACACGGCACCUGUGGGAGAUCUACGACCAGGAGGGCACGUUACAGCACUUUAUUGACGGCAAUGAGCCCAGCAAGUCCAGCUGGAUGAGGUACAUCCGCUGUGCGCGACACUGUGGAGAGCAGAACAUGAUGGUGGUCCAGUACAGGUUGUGUAUAUUCUACCGGGCCUGCAUGGACAUCCCCCGGGGCACGGAGCUCCUCGUCUGGUACAAUGACAGCUACACGUCCUUCUUCGGGAUCCCCCUGCAGUGCGUCGCACAGGAUGAGAACCUGAACGUACCGGCCACUGUGGUGGAGGCCUUGGCUAAGCAGGACAGCCUGCAGGCCUUCGGGAAAGGGAGCAAGCCGCCCGGGCUGCCGGCGGUGGCAGCACUCCGCUCCAUGGUCUUCCCCCACUCGCCCUGCGCUCGCAGCUUCGCCCUGCUCGAGAAGCCGGGCUCUGCCGACUCCGGGUUCGGCCCCCUGGGCAGCAACAAGAACCAGCAGCGCGUGCUGGCCAGUCCUACCUCCACCAGCCAGAUAAGCACAGAGUUCAGCGACUGGCACCUCUGGAAGUGCGGUCAGUGCUUCAAGACCUUCACCCAGCGCAUCCUGCUCCAGAUGCACGUGUGCACGCAAAACCCGGACAGGCCUUACCAGUGCGGCCACUGCUCCCAGUCCUUCUCCCAGCCGUCCGAGCUGCGUAACCACGUGGUGACCCACUCCAGUGACCGGCCCUUUAAAUGCGGAUACUGUGGCCGGGCAUUCGCCGGGGCAACCACCCUUAACAACCACAUCCGCACUCACACUGGGGAGAAGCCAUUCAAAUGCGAGCGAUGUGACAGGAGCUUCACGCAGGCCACCCAGCUGAGCAGACACCAGAGGAUGCCCAACGAGUGCAAACCGAAUUGUAAGUUAUAUUGCAAUUUCAUGCAAUCUAGAAUGUACAUACGAUGAAUGUGGCAGCUCACACAGGUCAAUCAGAACCCACUGGGAUAUUUCGCUCAGUCAAACGCUUAUUCUGAGACGUCUGCAUUGGGAACAUGCGCCCAGAGUCUGUACGGCGUGUCUGGUUUGGGGCCAUACCUCUCCUUCAAAGACUGUCUGCUCAGAUGUCCUACUCAUUUCUUGCGGACUGAUGUAAGCUGACACAUGCGAAGCUGUUUUACUCGGAAGAACUGAACGUGUUAAGUGUCUGAUUUCUUCACCUUUGCUGUACGAGGAAAAUAACUCCGGUUCUGACUUGUGUGUUAAAUCCAAAGACCCAAAGAAUUUUGACUCAUUUGCAUGAUUUCAACAUGUUGCUUUUUUUAAAAGAAAAAAUAAAUAAAUAAACUGGGCCAAAAGCUGAACCAUUA